AUGGAAAAAAGUGACCGAACCGGCGGAGCAUCCGGCGGCGUCGGGUGGCAGGAUGAUGAUAAUUACAUACCGGAACUGGCCGUCCCAGCACGUCCCCAAUUCGUCUUUUUCAACACAGCAUAUAAAUGGUUUGGUGAGGUUACAGAUCCUCAAAAUCAAUUCGGGUCUGCGUAUGGAAAUCGUUACCAUCUUAAAUCACCAAUAAUUCAAACUCCCCUCAGAUCCAUAGGAAGAGAAAUUCGGCCGUCCAACUACAUAGCCGCCGACAAGGGCUUUAUCCCGGCGGAGAUGGCCGCGCCGGCAUCGUCCCUGUAUGGAGAAUUAAUCGUCUACAAUGUUAUGACCGGCCCGAGGUGUAAACGCCUUCCUAAUCCUCACAGCCACGAAAAUAACUGCCGCCUGGGUUUCAUAACCCAAGUAGAUGACGGAUCUGGAGUUUUGACCGGUUAUAAAAUCGUAUCGGUUGCCACUCAGACUGAAUUUCGCAAUUUUCUCGACAUGAGUGUUUUUUCGGCGGAAACCAGGAGAUGGGGAGAAUUCAUAGUGAAAUCUCAAACUCCUGUCAAUUUCUGCUGGUACAUCUGCAACAGACCCGUUCUUCUGAACACCACUCUGUAUUGGGUCAAUCGGAGCUCCGGAAUUCUUCUAACCUACGAUCCAUACGCUAACCCGAAUCAGCUCCGGAUCAUUCAACUCCCAACAACAUUAACAAAUAAUUAG